AUAAUCGCACGGAGCUUUGAACGGCCAAUGCCAGAGAGAUGAUGUCUGUGACUCUGCAAGGGUCGUUAUAUUCACCACAACUUCCAUGCCUGAACCUCCCUUUGCCUCUCUUAUUCUUCUGGAAGCUUCUUAUGGCCGGCGAAUAGUACAAUUCCGCCUCUCAACUAGAGGCGGAUAUACAGCCUGAAGUAAUCCAUCCUCAUGUCGGUUUCCGUACUUACUGUUAUUCCUGGUGCACGCCUCCGUGAAGCUCCUAUCCUGCUGCUCUUGCACUUUCAUAAUGCUCUACGUCUAGAGCUUGCUUACCUCCAUCGGAUUGUGGUGGAGGCUCUGGACGGCAGGACCUAUGGUCCUGAUUUGAUUCCAGAACUCCGCCGCAGGUUUGAGUUUUUUAAGCUGGUUUAUAAAUAUCACUCUGUAGCCGAAGAUGAGGUGAUUUUUAGAGCUUUGGAUGCGCACGUGAAGAAUGUGGUGUCUGCGUAUACGCUUGAGCAUACGAGCACGAGCGAUAUUUUGGACUCUAUAUUUCAUUAUCUGGAUGUGUUGAAGAAGGAAGAUGAGACGCAUAUUUCUAAGCCGUUUCAAGAACUGGUUUACUUUAUUGGGACAUUGCAGACCAGCAUUUGCAAGCAUAUGGCCAAAGAAGAGGAGCAGGUGUUCCCAUUGCUGACGCAACAAUUCUCAACCGAGGAACAAGCUGCAUUUGUUUGGCAAUUCAUGUGUAGCGUUCCUAUGCUGCUGUUAGAAGACUUCUUUCGGUGGAUGAACUCCUUUCUCUCGCCAGACGAAAGAGAAAAUGUGCUGCAAUGUAUUAAACAAGUUGUACCCGAGGACUUACUUCUGCAAGAGGUUGUAAUAUCCUGUAUUCAAGCAACAGAGCAAACUAGCACUGGGGAGUUAAACAAAAAUGGAAAAGGAUCUUUAUUCCUCAAUGAACGCGCUAACUUCUGGAAGAUUCUAGAAGUGUACACAUCUGAGGGUCAUUCUAUUGAAGCAAUGAAGCCAGAUCAUGCAUAUGCGGUCCAUACUAACGCUCAACAUAAUCCACUGGACCAUGCUCAUAUAUGGCACGGUGCAUAUCAUAAGGGCCUUCUAGAAGCUGCAGACGAUCUAUAUACAAUUCGAGGUUCAAAUGAUCUUUCCGGCCUAGCUCUUGCAGUUGUUCAGCUAAAGUUUUUUGCGGAUGUCAUCAUAUUUUACUGCAACUCAUUGGAUAAACUAUUCUACUCGAUGUGCAUUGAACUGACCGAAGAUUGUCCAGCGCCUUCAUAUCAACGGUUCUUAGAUGACAGUCAAAUUGAAGGUUUACAGUUGUUGCUGUACAGUAAGAGUGAAAAUGACAUGUCAGCAAGGAACUUUGUUGAGAAUCUAUGCGACAAACUCAAAGUAUGUGUUACAGGGAUCCGAAAAUACCUGAAAUUUGUAGAAACCGAGGUUUUCCCGUUUAUUGUUAUGAACUGCAGCCGUGAAAUGCAGUUGUGGCUGUUAUACACCGGUCUUGAGAUGAUGCCACUCGGAUUGCUAAAGUGCACGGUUACUUGGUUCUCAAGUCAUCUAACAGAAGAUGAAUCAAAAUCCAUUCUGCACAGCAUAAAGCAAGGAGGCCUUUUGGUCAAUAAAUCGUUAUCUUCCGUUUUGUACGAAUGGGUUCGCAUUGGUUACUCUGGUAAAAUAUCCGUGGAAAAAUUCAGAGAAGAGUUGCAUGCAGCGUUUGAGAACAGAUGUUCGUUUCUUUCUGAACAAAUCAAGAACACUUCUUCGUUUCCGUACCUGCAAUUGGACACACAACUCAGAAACAGAUCCAACACUUUGUAUUCUAGCGGGAUCAGUUUUCAUGUAUUUUUUCCUCAGAAACAGAAAAUAGCGAAUCAUUUUUCGACAUUUCCUACUGAGAACAAUACCGAAAGUUCAUCCCGUUAUCUAGAGUCGAAACCAGUGGAUCACAUAUUUUUCUUCCACAAAGCUCUCAUGAAGGAUAUAGAACACCUGGUUUCGCUUUCUGCCAACCUGGCAGGAAACCAUGCUUUGUUCACCGAAUUUUACCAACGUUUCCAUCUUUUACGCGUUUUACACAAAACACACAGUGAAGCGGAAGAUGAAAUCGCAUUUCCAGCUUUAGAAGCAAAGGAAAUAAUCCAAAACAGUAGCCAUUCAUUCUCCAUUGAUCAUAAAAUGGAUAUUGAAUACUUCAAUAGAAUUUCAUAUGUUCUGGGUCAGAUUUCUGAGUUGUACGUCGAGACGCUGAAUGGAAGAAUGGAAAUGUAUCGUCAGCUAUGUGUAAAGCUUCACGGCAUGUGUAAAUGCAUGAAUAAAAUGUUGUCUGACCAUGUACGCCAUGAAGAAGUUGAACUGUGGCCGUUGUUUAGAGAACAUUUGUCUCUUAAGGAACAAGAAAAUGUCAUAGGAUGCAUGCUUGGUCGAACACGAGCGGAAACUUUACAAGAAAUGAUACCGUGGCUAAUGUCAUCUUUGACCGCCGAAGAACAAAAUGCACUCAUGUCGUUAUGGCGCAAAGUCACCAAGAACACAAUGUUUGAUCAAUGGUUAGGCGAAUGGUGGGAGGGUAUGAAGGGUUAUGACAUUCCAAAGGUUGACGAGUUAACCGUGUCAACCGAAUCAACUGCUGACAUAUUGGAAAUAAUCUCGAAGUACUUGCCUCAAGGUGUAAACGCAGAUGGUGUUAUACCAAAAGGCGACACAGUUAAUCAUAAAAUGACGCAGUCUGAAACUUUUAGUGAAAAUUAUAAAGAAGUAGAAUCAAGCAAAGACCAAGCAGAUCAUCAUUGUGAAGUCUGCAGUGAGUGUGAUCGGUCAAACACAGAGAUAUUAACCGACACAACUACAAAUUCUGUACUUGUAUUGACUCAAGAGGAACUUGAGGCUACAAUUAGAAGAGUGAACUGUGACGAAACGUUGGAGCAAAAGCAGAAAUCGGUCAUAAUACAGAACCUGAUGAUGAGCCGCUGGAUCAAUACACAAAAGAAAUCUCACCCACAUGAUGAUGCGCAAGAUAACAAUCAAGGUAUUCCAGGUGUUUAUCCAUCUUAUCGGGACUCGCACAAAUUAGUGUUUGGAUGUGAACACUACAAGAGGAACUGCAAACUUGUCGCUUCAUGUUGCAACAAGCUAUACACUUGCAGGCUUUGCCAUGAUGAUGCAGCUGAUCACGUAAUGGAUAGGAAAGCCACAAGCAUGAUGAUGUGCAUGAAGUGCUUGAUAAUUCAACCAAUUGGUCCAACAUGCUCAACCGUUUCAUGUAACAAUCUAUCCAUGGCCCGAUACUACUGCCCCAUCUGCAAACUGUUCGACGAUGAGAGGCAAAUCUAUCACUGCCAGUACUGUAACCUGUGCAGAUUGGGCAAGGGUCUGGGGGUUGACUAUUUCCACUGUAUGAAUUGUAACGCGUGCAUGGGAAAGGCACUUAAAGUGCAUACCUGCAGGGAGAAGUGUCUAGAAGAUAACUGCCCGAUAUGCCAUGAAUACAUCUUCACAUCGAAGAAUCCUGUGAAGGCCCUUCCGUGUGGUCACGUAAUGCAUUCCUCAUGUUUUCAGGCAUACACUUUGUCCAACUAUACUUGCCCGAUAUGCUGCAAGUCAUUGGGAGAUAUGCAGUUGUUAUUUGGGAUGUUGGAUGCAAUGUUAGCUCAAGAGAAAAUUCCUGAGGAGUAUUUGGGCAAGACACAGGACAUUUUAUGCAAUGAUUGUGAGAAGAAAGGAACUGCACCCUUCCAUUGGCAGUACCAUAAAUGCCCUCGUUGUGGGUCAUACAAUACCCGACUUAUCUAACUUUUUGAAGGCUUUCAAUGGUUUUGCAUAUACUUGGAAUCUAUGGUAUUGAAGAAGGAUCAGAUGUGUAUAAAUAAAUAUUUGGCUUGUAUGAAUUUCAAUAAGUCCCCUUGGGAUAAACAAAAACAUUGUGACUGGAGUGGUUAUGAACAAGUGUGUUGUUGGCAAUAUUUAUUUACUAUAAAAGAAUGACAAUAAAUGCAAA